AUGACAUCCUGUAUCGGCCAAGAGAACUUGAUGAUAGUCGGGAUUGUAGAGCUUGGUGAACGUAACACGGAGACGUCUAGAAUUUGGAGGGAACUUAACAUCUGGGAAGUCUGCUUUGUUGCGCCCAGCGAUCCUUCAGCAAGCUCUGUGACACGGUACUGGCCUGCACAUUACGGUGAUCAUAAUUCCUACCGGGGAGUGCCAGAAACCAAUUCACGAUUUGCCGAUUCUGGUAUCUAUGGUGUUACUUGGUAA